AUGUUUGCUCAGUCCCUCAAGGUAACAGCUGAAGCUUGUGGAUUAUCAGAACGUACUGUAAGGCGCGUAUGCAAAGAAGGAAAAGAUAGUUUGGAUUCAGAUCAACAAGUUGUUUCGUUCAAGUCUCCGCGUAAAACGUAUAAACGUGCAAAACCAUUGACCGAGUUAGACGAUUUCGACGCAGAUAUAGUACGCAGAGUAGUACACGAGUUUUACGAUAGAGGUGAGUACCCAACAGCUCUUACUAUUUUAACGGAAGUGAAAAAGAAGUGCAAUUGGGAAGGCUCUGUUUGGUCGAUGCGUUCGCUUUUGAAAAAUUUAAAAUUUUCGUUUAAAAAGUGCAAUGAUGGAAGGAAAUUUCUCAUGGAAAGGAACGACAUUGUUGCACUUCGUUGUGCAUUUUUACGAAAAAUCUGUACGCUUCGCGAACAAAACGAUACCCGUCCCGUAGUUUAUUUGGACGAGACGUGGAUAAACCAAAAUCAUAGUAGAACACGUAUAUGGCAAAAUGCAGAACAGACCGAGGGUUUAAAAGUACCCACAGGCAAAGGGGGUCGCCUCAUAAUUUGCCACGCAGGUUCUGCAAAAUAUGGUUUUAUUAGCGAUUCCAAAUUAAUAUUUCGAGCUAAUGUUAGCAGUUUUGAGAGCGACUAUCAUACGUCAAUGAAUUCGGAAGUAUUUAAAAAUUGGUUUAUAAAUAUGUUGAACCACCUCGAAGAGCCAUCUGUAAUUGUGAUGGACAAUGCAUCUUACCACUCACAGCUUAAAGAUAAUUUUCCAAAAAGCAAUAGCAGAAAAGCCGUUGUAGAAGAGUGGCUGAAAAAUAAAAAUAUUGAAUUUUCACCACUAGAGCGGUUAUCUGAAUUACGCGAGCGUGUAAAACAACUCAUUCCAAUGUACAAACGCUACGAAUUAGAUGAAAUAGCACUGGAAAUGGGCCAUGAAGUGAUAAGGUUACCUCCAUACCAUUGUCAAUAUAACCCAAUUGAAUUGAUUUGGGCAAAGGUUAAAGGGGAGGUAGCUAAAAACAAUAACACUUUUAAGAUGGCUGACGUAGAAAAGUUAGCGCACGCGGCUAUGGAUGCAGUAACACAAGAAGAUUGGGCAAAGUGUGUUGCACACGCAGAAAAAAUCCAAAAUCAAGAUAAUGAAAAGGAAAUUUUGAGGGAUGUCAUGUUAGAGCCGAUCAUUAUAACAUUAAGAGACGAUGAUAGCGAUUGGAGCGAUGAACAUGAUGAUGAUGACGACGUAUUUGAUGCGAAUAUUUAG